AUGAGAUCUCAGGUGACGGUUUCUGGAAAGCCGAGGCAACGAUCAGCUUUAGCUUGCAGCACAUGUCGCAUCAAGCGGGUCAAGUGUGAUGGCCAACGUCCAUCGUGCUCGACGUGUCAUACAAACGGCGAGGUCUGUGAAUACACAGCUCAGGACAGUAAUAGAAAGCCUCCAAGCAAACGUUAUGUCGAGGCGCUCCAGGAGAGGAUUAGGACAUUGGAAGCGCAACUCGAACGGUUUCAGAGUGACACUGGACCCCAGGAUAGAGGCCCAUUGAACGCUACUGAAGAGUUUCACAGUAAUUCAGAGGGCGAUUCUAUUCCUGACGAUUCGAGCUACAGAUCUCCAAUCAGGGAUAUAAGCGAUCGGCUCGGGGCCCUCAACAUCGGCGAAGAUGGCCAAAUCCAUUACUUCGGCUCCAGGAGUAACUUCUCACUGCUCAAAAACAGCCCCGUAGCAAGCUCAACGGUCUCAUCACGUGAAUUGCAAAAACAGGCCGCAGAUACACUUGACCAACUGAAUCUUCGCGUCGAAGUAUCCGACGAGUUGCGGAAUCACCUCUUGGAUCUCUUUUGGAGCUGGCAAAACACCUGGCAGUACCUUGUCGUCAAGGAACUGUUCCUUGAGGAUCUGUACAUUACUCACUCCGGCCGAUAUGCCUCACCUCUAUUGCUUUCCGCCGUCUUGGCGCUUGCAGCUCGGUACUCGGAUCGCGUUGAGCUUCGAAGUGAUCCUCUUGACCAGAAUACGGCGGGGAACCCGUUGGCUGAGCAGGCCAAGAUGAUACUGUUUUAUGAGAGCCAGGCGCCGAAGGUAACGACAGUCCAGGCGACAGCAUUACUUGGAUUACGUGAGAUAGCUACUGAUAAAGAGGCUCUUGGGUGGAUGUAUUGCGGCAUGGCAGCAAGAAUGGCCUUUAACCUUGGACUUCAUCUUGACCGAAGCCACUGGGUUGAUACGGGACAUAUAACCAAAGACGAAGCUGAAGUCGGGACUAUUGUUUGGUGGGGAUGCUACGUUUUAGAUAAGCUAUUCAAUAUUGGACUUGGUCGACCAUCAACUAUCCAAGAACACGAAAUAUCUGCCAAGCUGCCUUCUAUGCAACACAAUGCAGAGUACGAAUCCUGGCACUCUGAAUCUCCAAUCGGUGAACCCAUCGUCUUUCCACGCAGCCACCAAGUCUCGAAUGUCCGCGCUACAGUUCAGCUAUUUAGGGUCACAUCGUCAGCCCUGGAUGAGAUAUACAGACCUGUUAGCCAACAUGUCAAGUCUCGAAUCAUGGAGCUCGUUACCAAAACGCACGUCGAUAUCAUUGAGUUCCAGAUAAACCUUCCUAGCUGUCUUCGUCUUUCGCCAUCAACGCUCGCCCCCACACUACCUCACGUUUACUUGCUUCACCUCCAGAUUCAUGUCGCUAUAAUCUUACUGCAUCGACCCUUUGUUGGAGUACAGCGAAGGACUUUGGACCCUGGUAGCUUUCAUCCCAGCACCGGAUCAAGUCAUCUCAAGGAGUGCAGUCAGUCUUCACAUUCCAUCAGUAAUAUUUUUAAGCUUUACAGCAAACACUAUACCUUGCGACGAAUACCAAUCUCAGCCAUCCACUGUGCUUUCACAGCUUCAAUUAUUCUUCUCCUCGAAACAACCUCUACAGAUGCAAAAGACCGUGAACGCGCUAUAGCUUCGUUAAAAGUAUUAGCUGAAGCGCUCACUGAUAUGAGUACUGCUUGGGCCUGGAGCCAGCGUGCACUGUUUGCAGUUCGCCAAUUAGCUCGGGAAUGGUCAGUCAGUGAAGACUCAUUCGGUGCACUUGGGAUCAAAGGGGAAAGCGGACAAGCCAAUGGGGAUGAUAUCGUUGGUACAACACAAGCACUUGAGGAGGCUGACUCUAGUAGUUCGCUUUGGGCAGUAGAAGGCCCUCAUUGCUUCGAUAUGGAUAUCCCUUUCAUGACUAGCGAAGGACUGGACUAUCAAGGAUGGAUUGGCACAUUGUUUACAGAACCGGGAUAUCCAGGCGAUGCUGCUUGAGGAAACAACUAAAGGAUAGGCAGCCAGACUUUGUCAA